CAGGACUGCGGAGAUGUGAGCACAACACCCGAGAGUUGUGUAGCGAAGGGCUGCUGUUGGAACAUCACGACUGUCCACAACGAACCCAAUUGUUUCUUCCGAAAUGAGGGCAACCAUACAAUAGAUCCCAUUUGUCCCACAAUUCCCAUCGCUUCCAGACAAGACUGCGGUGAUGUCACUACAACACCCACUCAAUGCACUGCUAAAGGCUGUUGUUGGGAAGUAGAACCCGCACCGGGAGAACCCAACUGCUUCUUCAAAACGGGUGGACCCGUCACUGUGGCUCCGGGACCGACCAGCUCUCCGGGUCCGGUAGAUCCUAAGUGCGAUUUUAUAGUCGCCGCGCGUCAAGACUGCGGAGAUGUGACCACAACUCCGGACAGUUGUGUAGCGAAGGGCUGCUGUUGGAACAUCACUACUGUUCCCAACGAACCCAACUGUUACUACAAGAAUGAGGGCAAUCAUACCGUAGAUCCCGUUUGUCUGGCAAUUCCCGUCGCUUCCCGAACAGACUGUGGAGACGUUCACACGACUCCCGACUCAUGCGUUGCUAAGGGCUGCUGUUGGGAAGUGGAGACAAUGCCGGGUGAGCCCAACUGUUUCUUCAAGACUGGAGGACCAGUUACAGGGACUCCGGGACCGACUGUUCCGGGACCGACCAGCUCUCCGGGACCGGUAGAUCCUAAAUGCGAUUUCAUAGUCGCCGCGCGUCAAGACUGCGGAGAUGUGACCACAACACCCGAUAGUUGUGUAGCGAAGGGCUGCUGUUGGAACAUCACUACUGUUCCCAAUGAACCCAAUUGUUAUUAUAAAAAUGAGGGCAAUCAUACGGUAGAUCCCGUUUGUUUGGCAAUUCCCGUCGCUUCCCGAACAGACUGUGGAGACGUUCACACGACUCCCGACUCGUGUGUAGCGAAAGGCUGCUGUUGGGAAGUGGAGACAAUGCCGGGUGAGCCCAACUGUUUCUUCAAGACUGGAGGACCGGUUACAGGGACUCCGGGGCCGACCGUUCCGGGCCCGACCAGCUCUCCGGGACCCAUCGAUCCUAAAUGCGAUUUCACUGUCGCCGCGCGUCAAGACUGCGGAGAUGUGACCACAACUCCGCACAGUUGUGUAGCGAAGGGCUGCUGUUGGAACAUCACUACUGUUCCCAACGAACCCAACUGUUACUACAAGAAUGAGGGCAAUCAUACCGUAGAUCCCGUUUGUCUGGCAAUUCCCGUCUCUUCCCGAACAGACUGCGGAGACGUUCACACGACUCCCGACUCGUGUGUGGCAAAGGGCUGCUGUUGGGAAGUGGUAACCAUUCCCGGAAAACCCAACUGUUUCUUCAAAACAGGGGGAACAGUCGCACCCCCGGGACCGACGAGUGCUCCACAUCCGGGCGGUAAGAAAGUAUUAGUUCAUAUAAUGCCGUGGUUUGAGACCAAAGUAUCGGGCGGUGGGAAGUGGGGCAUCCACUGGUCAAUGGCCAAUUUCAACCCUGAUCAAAUGGUUGGUGACAAACGCAAAAUCGCAUCGCAUUACUACCCACUCAUUGAUUUAUACGCUUCCGGAGACCCGAAGGUAAUUGACUGGCAAUUGGGUCUCAUGAAAGUGUCGGGCAUUAGUGGUGUGCUGAUAGAUUGGCCAGGGUCGUCCGGACUACUCGAUUACGGCACUAAUAUGCGUAACGCCGAAGCCAUCAUUGCUGGCACUCAAAGAGCGGGACUCGAGUUUGCGGUCGUAUAUGAAGACAAUAAUUUGGAUUUGGCCAAAAUGCCGGACCAUAUCGGACAGGCCAAGAAAGACAUGACUUAUUUGCAGCAAAACUAUUUCUCAAAACCUAAUUAUAUUAAAAUCAAUGGACAGCCGCUUCUCCUUGACUUUGGCCCCCAGAAGGGUCUUCAGGGCGGCGAUUGGGUGCAAGCUUUCAGCGUUUUGAGUCAAAAGCCACUCUUCCUGUCCCUCUGGAACCAAAUGCAACAAACGGGUGGAACAGCUGGCGGUGAGUUUGCAUGGAUUUGGUCCACAUUUCUCGAUGGACUCAAAUCAUGGUAUCCGAGAGCCACUGGUUUUAAGAUAGGAGUCGCUUAUCCCGGCUUUGAUGACGCCUACCAGGAGGGCGGAUGGGGUGCCGGACCCGGCUAUAAGAUACCCACAAGUCUGGCCAACUUCCAGACCACCCUUGAUCUGGCGCUAUCUUACACUGAUGUGGUACAGGUGUGCACUUGGAAUGACUACGGAGAGGGCACUAUCAUUGAGCCCACUCUGGUGGCCACUCGGGCUCAGAACCCAUCGAUAGGAACAAAUCCAAUCUCAUUGGCAGCGCCCGGUCUUAAUGGCGAUAGUUUUGUGUUGGACAUGGCCACAACGGCAGUGGCCAAGGGCAAAUUGGAAAUAGCCGAUCGCAAACAUGAACAAAUUACAGAGGGCUGGGCUAUUGACCAAAGUGGUUAUAAGGGAUAUGGACUCUCAAUGAUGACGGAAAUAUUUUGUGGUAUUUUAAGUGGAGGUCUGUUUGGGCCAAAUAUUAAGGAACACAAGACCUCUUCUAAUCCAAUGGAUUUGAGUCAUUGUUUUAUUGCCAUAAAUGCGGAUUGUUUUGCGCCUGGAUUUGCCCAAAGAAUGCAAAGUCUUUUGGAUUCAUGUCGUAACCAAACGCCUGCCAAAGACGGAACCGACGUCAUAGUGGCCGGCGAUCCCGAACGACAACACAUGGAGUUAUGUGACUCGUUGGGAGGCAUUCCCUAUCACAUCAAUCAAAUACAAUUUGCCGUGCAACGAUCUUGCUCGGAAACUCAAUAUUGAUCCACCGCUUUGUUUAUAAUAAUUUUGUGCU